AUAACACUCAUCAUGGUACGCCUUUCGUCACCCAGCGAUAGGAAGUCAAUGUCGAACAUCCGAAUGCGGUCCACUGUGUCGAAAGCGCUCAAGUCAUGUCAGAUGCCAUCUACACGUUCGGCCUUCAGGGACGUUGCUGACAGCAAGACUGCAGUGAUUAGUACAGACAGACUGCGCGUAAUGGCCCGCAAUAGACUUGUUUCACCCUCCCAGAGGAUUCGGAAUCGGCAUAAAUGCACUUGCGAACCUUACUACCAGUCUCCUACUCGAUCAGAAGAACCCCCCGGCUACACUGAAUAUCGCGAAGAAGACGAAUUUACCGACGUGGAAGACGCCAUUCAGGGACACCAGAAUCAGGAAGACGAAGAUGGUUCCUCGGACUCUGAAUGGGACGAGCAUGCGACUCUGAUUGCUCUCUUAGACGACGGGGAGGAGGCUCCUGAAUUUGCUGAUGGCGUAGCUAUCAUUGAUCGACUAUCACCAACAUUCCUCGCUCAUCGCCGAGAAGCAACAGAACAGUUCAGGGAGACUCUCGUUCCGGUGGUCACUCGAGUAGGAGAGGCUCACAAAUCCCUUUCGCACGACAACAAUCCCACUUUACUCCGUGGAGUCGCCCUAUUUGACAAAAGCUCGAGAGCCCUCGAAGAUGCUGCAAGGCGUGAACAUGAUCAAGUGGUUCGGGUGUUUGCUAGGGUGAAAGAAAUUAUUGAAAAUCUAUCUCUUCAGCUCCAAGAUGUAUGCGCUGAAAGUGACAAGCUCCUCGAUAGUUAUGAAAAGGCUAUCAGCGAACAUGUCCAACGACUUGGAGGUUAUUCGAAAUCAGUGCCCGGGGACGUCGAGAAACUCAUAUGCAGACUUGACCAGACAACGAAGUCUGUCGCAGCCGAGGAUCGUGCAAAAGCCAAGGAGAAGCUUCUGCGAGGCAUCUUGGACAGAUACUGAGUACAUUUUACCUUCUAUUGCACGUCAUGUACCUUGCCCGGACUUCCGUCAUGUCACUUUACUGAUUCUGUUCUCCAUACAGCGUGUUCUUGCCAGUGAAUUCAUCACGGAAUUUUCGUAUUGUUUGUAUGACUUACGCUGUUAUUUGAAUGCCAAUCCUUCAGGCUGUUCUCCUACUGUUACUGGUUAUAGUUCAGACUUUGACUGAAU